AUGACUUUUUUAAUAACCGAAUCUCGAGAAACAGUUGUUCUGAAAAAACCCUUUGGUCUGCGAAUCAGUAAAAGGGACCUUCGAGUGACACGCGUUGAGCCGCGAGGAGCUUCGAUUGGACGAGUGGGCGUCGGUGAUAAAAUCGUCGCAAUUAACGGCGUUAAGCUAAACAAUAUUCACGAGCUGAACGAACAGCUUGCUAAGCCGGCCAAAGUACAAAUUCGACUGGAGCCAUUCCCGGAUAUGGAUUUGGGACAAGAACUUGGCUUAUCUGUGAAAUAUGACAACAAAGAGCGACUGCAAGUGGCUAGUGUGGUACCAGGGACUUUGGCAUCGGUACACUUGCGUCCGGGCGAUAUAAUUAGGGAAGUAAAUGGACAUCAUAUUGCUAGCAAAACAAUGCUUGCAUUCUGGAUUCGUCAGGGAUUUCACAGUGACAACCAGAUUGUCUUACUGAUCGAAACUGGAGUUGAGGCUGACACGCACAUUGAGAUGCCCGAAGACGUACAAAAUAUUGCUCAGAGACAGGUACAAGGGAUUCAUGAAACAGACAAAAAGGAAAACACGAUAUACUGUGGGUCAACCCAAAACCUGGCACACCGCGUGUUCAAAAUGCAUAUUUGUCUCAGUAUCAGCUAG